AUUUCACAUCUAAUGUGUGUUUUGAUUGUUCCAGUAGUUGAUAUAUAGAUAUUCUGAUAUUUUGGAUCACUUUCCCCAAGUCCGGUAGCAAUGGCUAAUUUGAGAGGCAUCUCUAGGGUCAAAACUAAGCUCCAGAAAUCAAUUGAAGAAGGUCAAUAUUAUGAAGCACAUCAAAUGUACAGAACACUUUAUUUCAGGUAUAAAAGUCAAGAAAAAUAUGUAGAUUUGAUAGAUCUUCUCUACGAGGGAUCUCAUUUACUUCUCACUCACAACCAGCAAACCAGUGGAGCAGACCUGGCUGUGUUGAUGCUAGAAGUGCUUGAGUCGAGCAAAGCUCAGCCCAGCAAGGUUCAUUUCACCCGGAUCAUUGAGUUGUUCCGUCUCCUAAAUUGUCCAGAGCGUCAGCAAUACUUGGUGCGAGCUGUAAAGUGGUCAAGUACUGAAGACUUUAAAUUAGGACAUCCCACGCUGCAUCAACAAUUGGCGCUAGUCUUAUGGAAAGAAAAACAGUAUGCAUUGGCUCGUUAUCACUACCUGCGUUCUGACGAUGGUAGCGGCUGUGCAACAUUUUUAAUAGAGCUUCACUUACUCAAGGGAUAUCCUUCUGAAGUGGACUUAUUCCUGGCACAAGCUGUGCUCCAGUACUUGUGUCUGCAAAAGAAGGUAGAGGCAACGAAGGUGUUCGAGACGUACACUGUGACCCAUCCUCACAUCAGCAAGACACCUGUAGGGCCACCCUACCUGCAGCCACUCCUCAACUUCCUAUGGUUCCUACUCAUAGCUGUUGAAAAGGGUCGAGUGACGGAGUUCCGGGUGCUGUGCGAGCAGUAUGGCCCGAGCCUGCAGCGUGACCCCUGCUACAGAGAAUACCUCGACACCAUUGGGCAAAUCUUCUUUGCUUUGCCGCCACCUCCACGUCCACGAUCUUCAUUCUUCGGAGAUUUACUGCAAGGGCUGCUGAGGGGUGACGAUGGUGGUGACGACGAAGGCAGCAGCAGCAGCGACGCUCAGCAGCCGCUGGCCGUUGCUCACGAGGAGCUCGACUAGACGCUGCUUUUCAUCUACGGCUCACUGACAACACUCCUGUUCACUUAACUCCUCUUAUUAUCAUGAAUUGUGUUGUCUUUCGCGAAACGUCUUGAUUACAUUGUUGAUAGAAAUCAUGAUUAACUUUGGGAAAAACUGCGUUUUUUUAAAGUAACAUUUUGAAAAACAUAAUCCUUAUGAUUGUUGUGGAGAAACUGUGUGUAUUCACCUGUUUUGACAUUGCACCUUCUUCUAUAAAGAUCAACAGGCCAAUAUCAGUUAAUCGAAACUGACCAAGCGGAAUUGUUUUUGCAAGUGAAUUUAACCUGAGCUCUCUUCCUCUGACUCAAGUCUACCCUGAAUGUCUCUCUUUAACACCUGCAGCAACAGUUGUGGAUUUACCUUCAUUACAGUCAAGCUAAGACGCUCGUAUUGCGCCGACAAGCCACCAUCCGCUUGCACUAAAAGAACAACUACAAACAUCAUGCUAUUCGGUGAUGCUACCUGUGAGCUAACAGUACCAAACUACAGUCACCAAAUUAGCUUCAAAAUCUUUCAAAUAACAGUGAUUCUAACUUCCGAAAUGUUUUCAAACAUGAAACCUCGGAAAUACAGUACUUGUCAAUGUUUCAAUGAUGGAAAUGUAUCUCAAUGUCCAAUGAGAUAUUCAAUAUGUUUUUGCAUGUUGGUUAAGGUUUUUAAAAAAAAUUAUCAUUGUCAUACCUAUUGCUCUACCUGUGGCUAUUAGACUACAUUAACGAAAAGCACGUUCUGUUUGGUCGAUAAUUUGACUCUGGUGAAGAAGUAAUCCUAGUCGUUAAAAAAAAAACAAAUUCAAUUGUAAGUAUGUUAUAGUCAAAAUUUUCGUUUAAAUCUUAAAAUAAUUAGCUUAUUCAUUCUAAACGCUGCCUAUUUUUCUCAGUAUAAAAAAUGUAAUGCUACCUGGGAUAAAAAGAAAUUGCAUUGCUUCAUUCGAUCAUUAGAUAGCAGGAACUUAUCCAGUACAUUAGGAGUGCAGUCAGUACGACUUAAAUCUAUAUUAUAAGUUAUGCCUCGAACUCAAUUGAGUGGUGAUUAGCUAAGCAAAAAUUCAGAUGUUGAUUUACGAGUAAAAUGCUGCGACUAUGUAAAUUCGAUUAAUUAAUUUGUAAUUAUAUUUUAUUCUUAGAAUUUCGAAGUGUUGAGUGACCUCACCACCACGUUAUUCAGCAAUGUGAAUACAAUAUUUCCCAGACAGGUGGAUGCUAUCUUCCUCCUGUAUUUUUUCAACUAGCAGAAUUUAUUGGCGUCAGCAUUUUGAUACGAGGUUUUCUGAAAUUCAACGCUGUUGAUGUGCUGCAGGAAGAUGUAAUCUCUCAGCAAUGGGAGUCAAGGUGAACUUCCACAAAUGCUAUAUCAAUAUCUCUUAUUAUUUGAGUUCUUUCGCUUUUGAAAUUCGAACACGUUGCAUGUCAUAUUAUGUAACUUUCCCAUUUACUCUCGAGAUUAUUCUUUUGAAGAUCAUUAGAAUUUAAUGCGGUCAAAGGCCAAUGUUCCCCAGUCUCUAAACGCAAUUUUAAAUUGCCGCAGAAGUAUUUUAUCCAAUGAUUUUCUAUCGGUACUGAGAUUUGUUACCGCACAUGUGAAUAUUCAAUCACAAACAAGCACACGCGCAUGUUUUUAGUGAAUUAUUUAUGAUUUUUGUGAGAACUUACAUAAUCAUUUGCGUUUCAUAGCAAUUUAUGCGAUUGCCGUUCCCGAAUUUGUUUUAUUGUCGCAUGAGAAUUAAUUGCUAGUUUCGUUUCGUGUUUAAAACCGCCACUAAUCCACUAUGCACAUGAUUAUAUAUUACAUCUUUCGUUUUUUUUUUGCCUGCUAGAUAUUUACUCCUUUUGUUUGCUUCAUGCCUGAUUAUUACCAUUGAUAGUUUUCCUUGUUAAUAUAUCUUUACUGCACUAAUUUCGAUAUUGUCAUUAAUGUUGAACAAGCAAGUUGCCUUCUGUGGGAGCGCAUGAUUGCAUUGUAUCGUGCUGCAUCUCGCUUGCAACCAUCACUCCCUGCUGAAAAACUUAUUUUUUAUUCAUACUGCUCCGUCUUGAUUUAGGUAUAGAUUUGUCAAGAUUGUUUUUCACAUGAAACUUGUACAUUUCAGUACAGUGAUUUUUCUUCAUGAUUUUGAGCUAGCUGAGGCAGUAACCAGGACUCCAACAUGAUUAAUAGUUUUAAUUUUCUCAUUUACCCAACAUGCAUAAGAUUAAUCUCCAUUAAAAUCUGAGCAUUGAUUUGAUAGGAUUACAGUUUUUUAGAACAGUAAUGGUGUGACAAUACUUGCAGUGGUUAGGCUAAAAUCUGUCGUCCGCAUUUACCAACUCAAAUAUUUCACGUGAUUUGAGCAGAUGCUAUGAAUGUUCUCACGAAUCGACACGACCGAAAUUUUUUACCAAAAAGUGAGGAUAAGUUUCGAGUAAUGCUUAGGGUAUGCGUAGGUACGUACUCGUUGUACCAUUCUUUGGUUUCAUUUACCUGAGAAGACUCAAAAAUGGUGGCAAUGAUGUAUCCCUAAGUUGGUACACAUCAAGGUUUUCCAGAAUAAUAGAUGAAUUACUCUCAGGGAACCACUUGUCAACUGGAACACUAGAUAAAGCUUUUCCAUGACCAGAUUGUUAAGUAGUAAACACGUGCAAAUAAUGCAUAACAUUUUAACGAUGUGAUUCUAAUUCAUGAAGUUGUACGAGAGGCUGAAUAGGACUGAACCAAAAUGCAUGAAACAUGUAAUUAUUUGAUUCCACUUCAAAGAAAUGUACUUAUUACAUGAAA